AUGGCAGACUUCCUGUCCCACGUUAUCAGGCAGCUGGGCGCCAGCGGCCGCACGCCGCCGCGGCCGUGCAUCGCGGGCGCCGGGGCUGGCGGCGGCGGGCAGGUUUGCGUGCAGGUGGCGACGGCGGCCGUGGUUUGGAUGAUCCAGGCGAGCGUGUCGCUCCCGCCCCUGGACGCGCCGCCCGACGCCGCGCGGGCGUGCUACAGCGCCGCCGCCGUGUGGGCGGGCGCGUUCUGGGACGGCGUCUUUGACAUGCUGCCGGCGGCGAGGGCCGCGAAGAGCGACAGCGCGCAGGACACACGCGCCGUGGUGGACGGCCUGCUCGCAGACAUGCUGGCGGUGCAGUGCCUGCCGGAGUGGCCCGCCGCUAACGUCCUGCUGCGCCUGUUCGCCAAGGCGCUCUCGAGCCCCAAGGGCCUGGGCCACUGCGACUCUGGCGUCAAGGCGCUCUGCGUGGACUUCACAGGCCAUCUCGUCAGGGGCCUCUGCGAGGAGGCGCUGCGGGCGGACGCGGAGUCCCAGUGGGUGCAGGGGCUGGCUGACCUGGUGGAGGAGGAGCAGAAGGACAGGCGCAGUGGCAGCUCAGAGGGCGGGGCGCCCGACGCCGGCGCAGAGGGCGCGGAGGGCGCCGCCGGCCGCCGCGCCGCGACGCUGCAGCGGGUCCUGCUUGAGUCCAUGGGCGCCUGGGGCGGCGGCGGCGGCGGUGCGGCGGCGCUGACGUCAUCCAAUGAGUCAUCUGACGACGCGUCCUGCGGCGGCGCCAGCGGCGCACGGCGCUUCUUGGCGUGCCAGAUGCUACACGACGCCCUCGUGGCGUCCGCGCGCGCCUCGGCGGGCGGCGGCGGGGCCGCCGCCGCGCGGCCGCGCAAGUCAGAGGCUGCGUCGCUGCUGGUGGCGCACCGCGGGAUGCUGGAGGCGCGGGGCGGCGGCUUGCUGGCGGGGGUCUGCGCGCAGGACGGCACGCCGCUGACGCUGGACGCGUCCCAGGCCGCCCGCGUCGCGCGGCGACUGGUGGUGGACGGCCCCCUGGGGGCGGGGCGCGCCACGAUGCUGGGCUGGCUGGUCGACGCGGGGGACAGGCAGCGACAGGACGCAAACGCGGCAAUGGUGCGUGCCAAGGCCAUCAAGUGCAUCGGUGCGGUGGCCGAGGUCGACUCCCGGGUCCUCACUAUGCCCGAGGUCCAGCGCGGCGUCGCUGCGGCGCUGCAGGACGACGGCGUGUCUGUGCGCGAGGCGGCGGUGGAGCUGCUGGCCAAGCACAUCACCACUGACCCCGCCCUGGCGGAGGACUACUUCGAGGUCCUGGCAGAGGCCAGCACGGACAAGGGCGUGUCGAUGCGAAAGCGCGCGGUCAAAGCGCUGUGGGAGUGCUGCGCGCGCUGCCCGGGGUUCACGCGCAGGACUGACGCAGUGGUGGCCAUCCUGCAGCGGGUGGCGGACCACGAGGAGAGCAUGCGGGCGCUGGUGACGCGGCUGUGCGCCGACAUGUGGUUCACGCCGGGGCUUGGCGGAGAGGGCGAGGCGCCCGCGGCCGGCGCCGCGCCGCACGUCGGCGCCGCCCAGCGCGCCGCCGAGCUGUCUCGCGUCGCGCUCGCUGUCUACAGCGCCGGCGGGCGCGGCAUACACCUCCCACUCGCGCCCGACCACCCGUUGGUCGCCGUCGUCGCAGCGGCGCUCUCCGCGGGCGCCCCCAAGGAGGAGGGCGCCCGCGGCGCCGCGCCGGCGGCGGCGGCGGCCAAGGCGGUGCACAGGGGCGCGGCCGACGUGGCCGACGCCCUCCUGGAUCAGAUAGUGCAGCUCCAGGGCGGCGGCGGCGGCGGCUUGGAUGGCGGCGAGGACGGCGGGGCAGCAGAGGGGGAGGCAGGAGGGUCGGGGGCGCUGUUUUCCCGGCUGCUCGCGCUGCACGCGCUGGCCGCGGCGGACCCGUUGCUGGCCGCGCCGCCGCGGGACCCGCAGCGGUUCGUGCGGGCGCUCGCGCCGUACGCGGCGGCGCCGGACGCUGAGGCGCUGCAGGGGCUCACAGAUGAUGCCAAGCGUCGCGGCGCCGAGGAGCUGCUGUGCCUGCUGGCGGUCCUGCAGGCAGCUUCCUCGCAGCUGCGCGCGUUGGCCGCGACCGUGGGGUCGCAGCUCACGCGUGACCUUGCCAACAUCACGACAAAGCACAUAUUCACGCAGGUGGUCGUGUCGGCAUCCGGCUGCCUGUGCAGCCUGUCGCGGCUGGACGCAUCGGUGGGGCCGAUGGUGGGCGCCAUGGCACGCAGGAUGUACGACGUGUGCCUGGAGCUUUUCCUGCGCGUGUGGCGGGCGCCGCGGCUUGGGCCCAGCGCGCUCGACACGGCGCUGCAGGCCAUGGGGCUGCUGUUCAUUGCGCGGCCGUCGCUGAUCCUGCGCGAGGGCAGCGGCGCGGCGGAGGUGUACCGGCAGGCGCUGCACGGCGGCGGCGGCGGGCCACAAACGCGGCUUAGGGUGCUGGCGAACCUAGUGGAGCUGCUGAGGUGA